ACCGGCCGCGGGGUUCCAGCGAGGGCCGAACCGGGCGGUGGGAGGAGGUCAGGAUGGUGGGGGAACGACGCACUGGGAACCUCAUGGUGCCCUUGGGGCCCUGGCUGCAGGCAUAUCCCGAAGAACUUAUUCGACAGCGUCUUGGGCACGAUGGGCGUCCUGAAUACCUGAUCCGAUGGAGUGUCCUGAAGUGUGGGGAAGUGGGUAGAGUGGGUGUAGAAGAGGGCAAGGCAGAGCACAUCCUCAUGUGGCUGUCAGCCCCCGAGGUCUACGCCAACUGCCCUAUGCUGUUAGGUGAGUGGGCACUAUCUAAGGGACCUCAGUGCAAACCAGCUGGGGGUUCAGGAAGCUUUCCCCGAGAUCCAGGAGGCCUGGAUGAUGUGGCAAUGGGAGAGAUGGAGGCCGAUGUACGGGUGCUAGUACGGAGGGCUGCAAGGCAGCUGGAAGAAGGUGGGACCUCGAGCCUCACAGCUUCUGUGCUCCACACCAUUCACGUGCUCAGUGCCUACGCCAACAUCGGGCCCCUCACUGGGGUCUUCAGGGAGACAGGAGCCCUGGACCUGCUCAUGCACAUGUUGUGCAACCCUGAGCCUCAGAUCCGUCGGAGUGCGGGCAAGUUGCUGCAGGCUCUGGCAGCCCACGAUGCUGGGAGUCGGGCUCACGUCCUUCUGUCACUGAGCCAGCAAGAUGGCAUCGAGGAGCACAUGGAUUUUGACAGCCGCUAUACUUUGCUGGAGCUGUUUGCAGAGACCACAUCCUCUGAGGAGCACUGCAUGGCCUUUGAGGGCAUUCAUCUGCCUCAGAUCCCAGGAAAGCUGCUCUUCUCCCUGGUGAAACGCUACCUAUGUGUCACUUCCUUGCUGGAUCAGCUGAAUAACAGUCCAGAGCCAGGGGCUGGAGACCAAGGCUCCCUGUCCCCAAGGGAGGAGUUCGCCUGGGAGAAAAGCCGGGGGCAGCGGGAGCUGGAGUUCAGUAUGGCUGUGGGACACCUCAUCUCAGAGUUGGUGCGGAGCAUGGGCUGGGCCCAGAACCUCAGCGAAAAGAGCAUGUCGCCUCCCCGGCCAUCCCGGUCCAUCUUUCAGCCCUGCAUUUCAGGCCCCGGCCGUUUACUCCACACCGUUGUUACCACCCCCAGAAAGCGAGAGCGGGCCUUCCGCCAGCGUCAUGAAUUCUCUAGCCGUAGUGGCUAUGGUGAGUAUGUGGAGCAGACACUGCAGCCCGGGAUGCGAGUGCGGAUGCUGGAUGACUAUGAGGAGGUCAGUGCCGGGGACGAGGGCGAGUUCCGGCAGAGCAAUAACGGCGUGCCCCCUGUGCAGGUCUUCUGGCAGUCAACGGGUCACACCUACUGGGUGCACUGGCACAUGCUAGAGAUCAUGGACCCUGAAGAAGCUGCUGAGGAUACAGAUUCAGCAGCUGUGGAGAAGGGGGCAGGGGCCACUAUAUUGGGCACAGCACUUCCCUGCUGGGACUGGAAACCUGUGGAUGGGCUCUACUCUUUGCCAUAUCUCCAGCCUGAGCCUCAGAAGAAUGAGAAAUUGGGAUACCUGACCCAGGCUGAGUGGUGGGAGCUGCUCUUCUUCAUCAAGAAGUUGGACACAUGUGAGCAGCAGCCGAUUUUUCAGAAUCUUCGGGAGAACCUGGAUGAGACCCUGGAUGAAAAGGCCCUAGGUGAAAUCUCCGUGCCCAGAGCAGUGGCUGAGGAUGUGCUGCAGGUUCUCAGUAAUCGGUUCGAGGGAAGCACCCUCAGUGACCUGCUCAACUCCCAAAUCUACACCAAGUACGGGCUGCGACCUGAUGAACUAAGCAUCUCUUCACGAAGUCACUCCUGUACCCCAGAUCCAGAAGAGGAGUCCAGGUCGGAGGCCAGGUUCUCAGAGGAAGAGACUGAGUCCCCCAAAGCAAAGACUGAGCCCCAUAAAGCAGAGGCAGAACCUGCCAAGGGAAAAACUGAGCCUCCCAUGGCACAGAGUGAUUCACAGCUGUUUAACCAGCUUCUGGUGACUGAGGGGAUGGCUCUGCCCCCCGAAAUAAAGGAGGCAGCCAGUGAAAUGGCUAGAGCCUUGCGGGGUCCAGGUCCACGCAGCUCUCUGGAUCAGCAGGUGGCGGCUGUUGUGGCUACUGUGCAGAUAUCCAGCUUGGACACAAACCUGCAGCUCUCAGGGCUCUAUGCCCUCUCUCAGGCUGUGGAGGAGGUCACGGAGCGGGACCACCCUCUGGUCCGUCCUGACAGAUCCUUGAGAGAGAAGCUAGUGAAGACACUGGUGGAGCUGCUGACCAACCAGGUGGGAGAGAAGAUGGUGGUGGUGCUGGCCCUGCGCCUCCUCUACCUGCUCAUGACCAUGCAGGAGUGGCUCCCACUCUUUGCCAGGGAGGGUGGCAUCUACGCUGUGCUGGUUUGCAUGCAAGAACACAAGACAUCUGUGUUGGUGCAGCAGGCAGGGCUGGCGGCACUGAAGAUGCUGGCUGUUGCUAGUUCCCCGGAGAUCCCCACUUUUGUUACUGGUGGAGAUUCUAUUCAUCCACUGUUUGAUGUGCAGAUGACCAGAGAGAUCUUCGCCAGCAUUGACUCAGCCACCCGCCCAGGCUCUGAGAGCCUGCUCCUUACUGUCCCUGCAGCUGUGAUCUUGAUGCUGAACACUGAGGGAUGUUCCUCUGCAGUGAGAAAUGGUCUGAUCCUGCUCAGCCUGCUUUUGUGCAACCACCACACUCUGGGAGACCAGAUUAUAACCCAAGAGCUGAGAGACACCUUAUUUAGGCACUCAGGGAUAGCAGUGGGUACAGAACCCAUGCCCACCACACGCACCAUCCUCAUGAUGCUUCUCAAUCGCUACUCAGAGCCGCCGGGCAGUCCUGAGCACACAGCAACACUGGAGACGCGCGGUACCCAGGGCCAGGAUAGGUCCCCUGAGCUGCUGAUCCGGUCCCUGGUUGGGGGCCCAUCUGCAGAACUCCUCCUGGACUUGGAGCAGGUGCUGUGCCGUGAGGGCGGCCCCAGGGGUGCCGUGAGGCCCCUGCUCCAGCGUCUCCAGAAGGAGAGCCAGCCCUUUCUCCUGUUGCUGCGGACUCUGGAUGCCCCCGGACCCAACAAAACUCUGCUGCUGACGGCGCUGAGGGUCAUGACCCGGUUGCUGGAUUACUCUGAGACAAUGGUCCUCCCCUGGCAUGAGGUCUUGGAGCCCUGCCUCAACUGCCUGAGUGGCCCCAGUAGUGACUCUGAGACUGUGCAGGAGCUGCUCCGCUUCCUUCAUCGCCUGGCCUCGGUGCACAAGGACUAUGCAGUGGUGCUCUGCUGCCUGGGAGCCAAAGAAGCCCUCUCCAAAGUCCUGGACAAGCACUCGGCUCUGCUUCUGGCCUGCGAGCUACGGGACCUGGUGACAGACUGUGAAAAGCACGCCCAGCUCUGUAGUAGCCUCACCUCUAGCAUCCUGGCUGGUUGCAUUCAGAUGGUGCUGGGCCAGAUCGAAGACCACAGACGAACCCACCAGCCUAUCAACAUCCCCUUCUUUGACGUGUUCCUCAGAUAUCUGUGUCAGGGCUCCAGUGUGGAAGUGAAGGAGGACAAGUGCUGGGAGAAGGUGGAGGUGUCCUCCAACCCGCACAGGGCCAACAAGCUGACGGACCGCAACCCCAAGACCUACUGGGAGUCCAACGGCAGCACUGGCUCCCACUACAUCACCGUGCACAUGCACCGCGGUGUACUUGUUAGGCAGCUGACUCUGCUGGUGGCCAGUGAGGACUCCAGUUACAUGCCGGCCAGGGUGGUGGUAUAUGGGGGCGACAGCACCAGCUGCAUCAGCACUGAGCUCAACACGGUGAAUGUGAUGCCCUCAGCCAGCCGAGUGAUCCUCCUGGAGAACUUGAACCGCUUCUGGCCCAUCAUCCAGAUCCGCAUAAAGCGCUGCCAGCAGGGCGGCAUUGACACCCGGGUUCGAGGUGUGGAGGUCCUGGGCCCCAAGCCCACUUUCUGGCCACUGUUUCGAGAGCAGCUGUGUCGCCGUACGUGUCUCUUCUACACAAUUCGGGCCCAAGCCUGGAGCCGGGACAUAGCAGAGGACCGCAGGCGCCUCCUCCAGCUCUGUCCCAGACUGAACAAGGUUUUGCGCCAUGAGCAGAAUUUUGCUGAUCGCUUUCUCCCUGAUGACGAGGCUGCCCAAGCGCUGGGCAAGACCUGCUGGGAGGCCCUGGUCAGCCCCCUGGUGCAGAACAUCACCUCCCCUGAUGCAGAAGGUGUGAGCUCCCUGGGAUGGCUGCUGGGUCAGUACUUAGAGCAGAGGGAGAGCUCUCGGAACCCCCUGAGUCGAGCAGCAUCCUUUGGCUCUCGAGUUCGUCGCCUUUGUCACUUGCUGGUGCAUGUGGAGCCUCCUCCUGGGCUUUCUACUGAGCCGUCCACUCAACCCUUCAGUAAGAACAGUAAGGGACGGGAUCGGAGCCCUGGGCCUUCACCAGUUCUUCCAAGAAGUAGCCUGAGGAAUAUAACGCAGUGCUGGCUGAACGUGGUGCAGGAGCAGGUCAGCAGGUUCCUGGCUGCAGCCUGGAGGGCCCCAGACUUCGUGCCUCGUUACUGUGCACUCUAUGAGCACUUGCAGAGAGCAGGCUCAGAGCUCUUUGGGCCUCGGGCAGCCUUCACAUUGGCUCUGCACAGUGGCUUCUCGGGCGCCUUGCUGCAGCAGUCCUUCCUCACCACCGCUCAUAUGAGUGAGCAGUUUGCCAGGCACAUUGACCAGCAGAUCCAGGGCCGCCUGGUUGGUGGAGCCCCUGGAGCAGAUCUGCUGGGGCAACUUCAACGGCACCUGGAGCCCAUCAUGGUCCUUUCCGGCCUGGAGCUGGCCACUACUUUUGAGCACUUCUACCAGCACUACAUGGCGGACCGUCUCCUGAGCCUGGGCUCCAGCUGGCUGGAGGGGGCUGUGCUGGAGCAGAUCGGUUCGUGCUUCCCCAACCGCCUCCCCCAGCAGAUGCUGCAGAGCCUGAGCUCCUCUGAGCAGCUGCAGCGCCAGUUUCACCUCUUCCAGCUCCAGCGGCUUGACAAGCUGCUCUUGGAGCAGGAGGAUGAGGAAGAACAGGGCCUGGAAGAAGAGGAGGAGGAAGAGGAGGCUGAGAAAGAACUAUUUAUCGAAGAUCCAAGUCCAACAGUGUCUAUACUGGUCCUGUCACCACGCUGCUGGCCGGUCUCCCCACUCUGCUACCUGUACCAUCCCAGAAAGUGCCUUCCCACAGAAUUCUGUGAUGCCCUUGACCGAUUCUCCAAUUUCUACAGCCAGAGUCAGAACCAUCCAGUCCGGGGACCACAUCGGCGGCUGCAGUGGACAUGGCUGGGCCGGGCCGAGCUGCAGUUUGGGGACCAGACCCUGCAUGUAUCCACCGUGCAGAUGUGGCUGCUGUUGAAUUUCAAUCAGACAGAGGAGGUGUCAGUAGAAACCUUGCUGAAGAAUUCUGACCUCACCCCGCAGCUCCUGCUCCAGGCACUUCUGCCCCUCACCUCUGAGAAUGGCCCUUUGACCAUGCAUGAGGGUCAGGACUUUCCACAUGGAGGUGUGCUGCGGAUUCAUGAGCCCGGGCUCCAGCCCUGUGGGGAUGCCCUGUGGCUCAUACCUCCCCAGAAGUACCUGGAUGUAGAGAAGGAUAAGGGCCGGACCCUGGAACAGAAGAGGAACCUCUUAAGCUGUCUUCUUGUCCGCAUCCUCAAAGCCCAUGGGGAGAAGGGCCUCCACAUUGAUCAGCUGGUUUGUCUGGUGCUGGAGGCCUGGCGGAAGGGCCCAAAUCCUCCUGGGAGCCUGGGCCGCACUGUUGCUGGGGGCGUGGCCUGUACCAGUACAGAUGUCUUCUCUUGCAUCCUGCACCUCCUGGGCCAGGGCUAUGUGAAACAGCGUGACGACUGGCCCCAGAUCCUGGUGUAUGCCACCCCAGAGCCCAUGGGGCCCUGCCGGGGUCAGGCAGAGAUCCCCUUCUGUGGCAACCAAACCAUGGAGACCACCAAGCCUAGCCCAGAAGCUGUGGCCGCCCUGGCAUCUCUUCAACUGCCUGCAGGCCGUACCAUGAGCCCCCAGGAGGUAGAAGGGUUGAUGCAGCAGACAGUGCGGCAGGUGCAGGAGACGCUGAACCUGGAGCCAGAGGUGGCUCAGCACCUUCUGGCUCAUUCCCACUGGGGUGCUGAACAGCUGCUGCAGAGCUACAGUGAUAACCCCCAGCCGCUGCUGCUGGCGGCAGGGCUGCGGGUGCCCCAGUCCCAGGCUGCCCCUGCACGCCCCGAUCAGUGCCCUGUCUGUGUCAGUCCCCUGGAGCCCGACGAGGACUUGCCCUCUCUCUGCUGCAUGCACUCCUGCUGCAAGUCUUGCUGGAAUGAGUAUCUGACAACACGAAUCGAGCAGAACCUUGUGAUGAAUUGCACCUGCCCCAUUGCCGACUGCCCUGCCCAGCCCACGGGAGCCUUCAUUCGUGCCAUCGUCUCCUCGCCAGAGGUCAUCUCCAAGUACGAGAAGGCCCUCCUGCGUGGCUACGUGGAGAGCUGCUCCAACCUGACCUGGUGCACCAACCCUCAGGGCUGUGACCGCAUCCUGUGUCGCCAGGGCCUGGGCUGCGGGACCACCUGCUCCAAGUGUGGCUGGGCCUCCUGCUUCAACUGUAGCUUCCCUGAGGCACACUACCCUGCCAGCUGCGGCCACAUGUCUCAGUGGGUUGAUGAUGGCGGCUACUACGAUGGCAUGAGUGUGGAGGCCCAGAGCAAGCACCUGGCCAAGCUCAUCUCUAAGCGCUGUCCUAGCUGUCAGACUCCCAUCGAGAAGAACGAGGGGUGUCUGCACAUGACCUGUGCCAAAUGCAACCAUGGAUUCUGCUGGCGCUGCCUCAAGUCCUGGAAGCCAAAUCACAAAGACUAUUACAACUGCUCUGCCAUGGUAAGCAAGGCGGCUCGCCAAGAGAAACGGUUCCAGGACUACAACGAGAGGUGUACUUUCCAUCAUCAGGCCCGGGAGUUUGCUGUGAGCUUGUGGAACCGAGUAUCAGCCAUCCACGAAGUGCCCCCGGCCAAAUCCUUCACCUUCCUCAGCGAUGCCUGCCGGGGACUUGAGCAGGCUCGAAAGGUGCUGGCCUACGCCUGCGUGUACAGCUUCUACAACCAGGACACGGAGCAGAUGGAUGUAGUGGAGCAGCAGACCGAGAACCUGGAGCUGCACACCAACGCCCUGCAGAUCCUUCUCGAGGAGCUCCUGCUGCAGUGUAGAGACCUGGCCUCGGCCCUGCGCCUCCUGCGGGCCGACUGCCUCCACAUGGGCCUGGAGCUGCUGCGGCGGAUCCAGGAAAGGCUGCUGGCUAUCCUGCAGCACUCCACCCAGGAUUUCCGGGUUGGUCUCCAGAGCGCGUCAUUGGAGGCCCGGGAGGCCAAAGGGUCCAACAUGCCCAGCAGUCAGCCCCAGGGCUCCUCCAGGCUGCAGGUGGGUGAGGAGGACGAGGACGAGGACGAGGACGAGGUGCCCGAGUGGCAGCGGGAUGAGUUCGAUGGGGAGCUGGACAACGACAGCUUCUCCUAUGAGGACUACGACGAGGAGUCCGAGAACCUGGACCGAGUCCCUUUCUUCUUUGGUGACGAGGAGGAGGAGGAGGAGGAGGGCUAUGACUGAGGGGCAGGAUGCGGGAGCGCCUGGAGCCACCUCGGAGCCAUGGACCAGGGGCCGGAGUUCACCCUGACCAUUGUCGUGGGCGCUCGGAGAGGGUGACUCCCAGCCUCUGCGGCCCCUUCUUCUGUUUACUGAAUAAACUGUUCCACAUACUUCUCUGAAGCAGGCUGGGCAGCUUCCCCAAAGCCUGCCUCAG